AUGUCAAGUCCGACCCCCAUAUAUGUCACUAUCGAUACUUCUGUUGGCGCCUUUACCGUGGAACUGUAUACUGCACACGCCCCCAAAACAUGUAACAAUUUCGCCAAACUCGCCGAGAGAGGUUAUUACAACGGGGUCAUCUUUCACCGUGUCAUCCCAGGAUUCAUGAUUCAAGGGGGUGAUCCGACAGGAACAGGCCGAGGUGGAACAUCAGUCUACGGAGACAGUUUCCCUGAUGAGAUCCAUCCUGAGCUGAGAUUUGUGGGAGCCGGCAUCCUCGCUAUGGCCAACUCUGGUCCAAAUUCCAAUGGUGAGCCCACACAUAGUCAUCUCGCUCCCACCCCCUUCCUCGACGGAAAACACACCAUAUUCGGCCGCGUCUCCUCCGGAAUGAAGACUGUUCAGCGUCUUGAAGCUGUGAGAACAGAUAAGGACGAUAGACCAGUCGAGGAAAUCAAAAUACAUCGUGCGAGGUUGGGCGAUGCGGAGCGUGGCACAGGAUUAGAGGUUGCUAUGCCUGCUGCUUAG